CUCCUUCUCCUCCUUCUCCUCCUCCUCCCUCCUUCCCCUCCUCCAACCUUCUUCUUGUCCUCAUCGCCCCACCCGUCUCCUCCGCCUCCGUAGCCAUUUUGGCUCAAGCCGUUUUGGCUGAAGCCAUUUUGGCACAAGCCCCUGUGUCACUUCGUUCUGGAUAGUCUCAAGAUGUCGUUAUGUCCCUGGAAUCGUCGAUCAAGAACUGCGGCCUGACAAAACAAUGGAGCGCCGCACUUCGCUUGCUCCGCGAAGGAAUUCAAUUGGGUGUGCAACUCUUCCCAAGCCACUACGUUGCGACUGUCAGCGCAUGCAGAAAAGGCGGGCAAUGGCAACACGCGUUGUCAGUGCUCAGUGAGAUGUGGAAGGCGAAGCUGGAGCCCGACGUCAUCAGCUACAGCGCUGGGAUCAGCGCGUGCGAGAAGAGCCAGCAGUGGCAGCCAGCGCUGGCGUUGUUGAGCGAGAUGUGGGAGGCGAAGCUGGAGCCCGACCCCUAUCUAUCCUACAACGCUGGGAUCAGCGCGUGCGAGAAAGGCAGGCAGUGGCAGCGGGCGCUGGCGCUGCUGAGCGAGAUGUGGGAGGCGAAGCUGGAGCCCAACGUCAUCUCUUCAGCUAUGAUGCUGGGAUCAGUGCGUGCGAGAAGGGCGAACAGUGGCAGCGAGCGCUGGCGCUGCUGAGCGAGAUGUGGGAGGUGCAACUGGAGCCCGACGUCAUCUUCAGCUACAACGCUGGGAUCAGCGCGUGCGAGAAAGGCGAGCAGUGGCAGCCAGCGCUUGCGCUGCUGAGCGAGAUGCGGGAGGUGAAGCUGGAGCCCGACGUCAUCAGCUACAGCGCUGGGAUGAGCGCGUGCGAGAAAGGCGAGCAGUGGCAGCCAGCGCUGGCGCUGCUGAGCGAGAUGCGGGAGGCGAAGCUGGUGUCCGACUUUAUCUAUACGACAAUACUGGGACCCGUGCGUGCGAGAAGGGCGGGCUUUGGCAGCGAGCGCUUGCGCUGCUGAUCGAGACGUGGGAGGCGAAGCUGGAGCCCGACGUCAUCUGUACUGCAGUACCAGAAUCAGCGCGUGCGAAAAGAGGGCCUAGUGGCAUCGGCCCCCCUCGGCCCGGCUCGGUCCUCUG